AUGGCAGAAGACAAACCAAAAUUGAGCUUUAUCGAAAAUUUUGCGCUCAGUGGUGUUGCUGCUGUUGUAUCCAAAACAGCUGCUGCUCCAAUUGAGCGUGUGAAAUUGCUCGUACAAAGUCAAGAUGCAUUGCUUAAAAAAGGUUUAAUUACUAAACCAUACAACGGUGUCAUCGAUUGCACUGUACGAACCUUCAGAAAUGAAGGCACUAUUUCAUUUUGGCGAGGAAAUUUAGCAAACUGUAUUCGAUACUUUCCCACCCAGGCUUUGAAUUUUGCUUUCAAAGAUAAAAUCAGAUCAAUGUUUAAACAAAACAAAAAUGAUCCAUUCAUGGUUAACUUUGGUAAAAAUAUUGCUAGUGGUGGUCUAGCCGGUGGAUUGUCAUUAUGUUUUGUUUAUUCACUUGAUUAUGCUCGUACACGUUUAGCUAAUGAUGUUAAAAGUAACAAGAAAGGUGGUGGUGAACGUCAAUACAAGGGUCUUGUUGAUGUCUACAAGAAAACCUUGGCUACUGAUGGUAUUGCUGGUCUCUAUCGUGGUUUCAUUAUUUCAUGUGUUGGUAUUAUCAUCUAUCGUGGUUGUUACUUCGGUUUUUAUGAGACAUUGAAACCAUAUUUACUUGGUGCUGAUGCUAGUAUCAUGCUUUCAUUUUUACUCGGUUAUGGUGUAACAGUUACAUCUGGUCUUAUCUCAUAUCCCGUUGAUACAAUUCGACGACGUAUGAUGAUGACAUCAGGUGAAGCUGUUAAAUAUAAAGGAUCGAUGGACUGUAUGUUCCAAAUUAUCCGUAAUGAAGGUGUGAUUUCAUUAUUCAACGGAGCCGGUGCCAAUAUUCUGAGAGGUAUUGCCGGUGCUGGUGUCUUAGCUGGUUUUGACAAACUCGUACAAGUUUACGCCGGUAUCAAAGUUGAUACCAGUGGUGGUGGUUAA